AUAGAAUGACUCUGCAACUUGGUUAAAUGUGUCUCUGUGAACGCAAUUAAGACGAACGCAUCACUCAGGCAUUGCGAAGGCAAAAGAAAAAUUGUAACAGCUUGCUCGUCACGUUUCGACUGAUCUGAACACAAAUUGCCCUCGCGCAUGUGCAAAUUCCGCCGAGUCAUUCUUUUCGCUGCAUAUAUGAGCUACAACGAACGACUUCAAACGAGUACAUCAGUGCGAAACGAAUGAUGUGAAGCGAGUAGUCGAGCGAGUCGUAGAAGAAAUUGCUGCGCACAGUAAUUGUAUGGUUUUCAUCACCGAUCCGGUUUAUCGUGGUCUACUUGAUGAAUAUUCCGCAAUGUCCCUUAUAUCGAGAUACGAGAUAGGCCUACGCGACAAUGAGGAUUUCUCGCGGCCAAGAAAAUUAAUAGAGAAGACACUUCGGCAUAUAAAAGCGGCGGGCUGUAACUCGUACGUUGUUCUAAUCGCUAACGGACUCCUGGCUUCGCAAUUCCUACAAUACGCUGAAGGAGAACGUCUCCUCGACACGCGAGGUUACUUUUUGCUCUUCUACGACAGUCGACUGUUAAGGCCGGAGUUGCACUAUAUCUGGAACAGAAUCGUCAAUGUGGUGUUCGUACGGCGUUACAGUAUGUAUAAAUACCGGUCGGGAGAACGAAUUUUUAUCGAGCGCAUUGACCUCGCUACCGUUUACUAUCCGUCGCGCGAACGAGACGUUACGGAAAUGAAGUACAUCGACACGUGGUACGACGGCAAGUUGCGUUACGGCAACGACCACUACUUGUCGAAAACUACGAAUCUUCACGGCAACGGUCUACGAGUCGCGGUUUUCGAGCACAUACCGGCCGUGACGGAAACUUCGCGAGAAUACUAUGAGCAAAAUUCGAACGGAAGCUCCAAGGCUUUGGGCGUCGAGUUCGAGUUGAUCCAAGUCAUAGCGAGAGCGAUGAAUUUCAAAGCGAACUACUACAUACCCCUUAACAUCGAGAACGAGAAAUGGGGUAAAGCUGGCGACAACGAUAGUUACGGCGGCCUUCUCGGCGAGGCGAUCAACGGGAACGCCGAUUUUUUCCUCGGAGACCUGCAUUACACGGUGCACCAUCUAAAUUAUCUCGACCUAUCCACACCGUACAAUACGGAGUGCCUCACUUUUUUGACGCCGGAAGCGUUGACCGAUAACUCAUGGAAAUUACUGAUACUGCCUUUUAGGCCGAAUGCGUGGAUAGCGGUGUUUUUCGUACUGCUAAUGAGCAGCGGGCUUUUCUACUUGUUCGCGUUGUUAUACCAAAAGUAUAUAAUCUCGUAUAAAUACAUGAUCAGUACGACGAACGAAUACGACAGUUCGAGAGAUCUGUGCGAGUUCACGGAUCUCCAAAGCAGUUUAUUAUACACGUAUAGCAUGCAGCUUCAGGUAUCCUUGCCGCGUUUGCCGGACGCGUGGUCCAUGAGGGUCCUAAUCGGCUGGUGGUGGAUCUUUACCAUUCUGGUAGCCGUUAUCUAUCGCGCCAGUAUGACAGCUACUUUGGCAAAUCCCUUCGUUACAAUAACUAUCGAUACCUUGGCACAAUUGACGAGAGCGUCAUUGCCGAUAGGAGGUUGGAAUGAGGAAAGCAGAAAUUUCUUUCUCGCUUCUACUGACCCGCACAGCCAGGAAAUCGGCAGCAAGUUUGAGCUGGCGGAAAACGAAAAAGAAGCUGUCGAUCGGGUGGCCAAUGGGACAUUCUGUUAUUACGAGAAUUCGUAUUUACUGCGACACCUACGCGCUAAAGAAAUAUUCGAGAAAGCUAGACAGAAAAAUAAAAGCGAGGAGACCGGAUCGAUGGUCAAGUACCAUCUACACAUUAUGGAGGAAUGCGUCGUCCACAUGCCGAUCGCACUAGGCCUCGAGAAGAAUUCACCGCUGAAGUCGCAUGUGGAUAUAUUGGUCAGCCGAAUGAUUGAAAUCGGUUUAGUGGGCAAAUGGUUGAGCGAUGUUAUGGAGUGGUCAAAGAUCACCGAAUCACGGCAAAAGACGGAAUCGGAAACGGCGCUGGUGGACCUGCCGAAAUUAUACGCCGCCUUUGUUGCUCUCGCAAUCGGUUACUGUUUUAGUUCCGUAGCUUUGCUGGGCGAGAUACUCCAUUGGAAGUACGUCGUUCUGAGAGACCCAGCGUACGACAAGUAUCAUCUGGAUACGUUUUAUAAGAACAAUCAUAAAUUUAAAACUUGAAACAAUCUCUUGGACUUUAU